AUGUCCAUGAACGCUACUCCCAAUGACAUCCGUGUCUUUAAGACACCGGUCCGUCGAUUGAACCGACACCGACAACAGGCUUUAGCAAUACCGCUACCACAACCACCUCCACCACCACCUAUGCCCCCGGCUUUGUUGCCUGCAACAUCAUCUGCAGCACCAACAUUCACGCCACCAAUAACACGAAUGCAGCAGCAACUUCAACAGUUGAAAAACAAAGGUAAAGAAACGAAUGAAGGGCUUCAACAGCUUAAUUAUAAGAAGGGGUGGAAGAAGGCGCAAGAGCAGCCAAAAGAGCAACAACAACAACAACAACAACACUCUCCUCCUCCUCCUCCUCCUACUGGUACUACUACUACUUCCCCUCCUCCUCUUACUGCUGCUGCUGCUACUGCUAUUACUUCUCCUCGUCUUCCUCCUCCUCCUCCACCUUUUCUUCAGCAGCAACAACAACAGCUUCUCUCUCCUCCAUACAUUCCAGCAUUUUUGCAGGAUUUGGAGGAUGUUGAGAUGGAUGUUGUUGAGGAACCAGUAGACAUGGAAUGGGAGACGGGCGAUGAAAGAGACAUGUUGUGGGAUCCCACUCCCCGUCUUGUCGCGGUCUACUGGCCAUAUUACGGUCCAUGA